AUGAUUAUGGAUAACCAUAAUGACCAGUUAUUAAUCAAACAAAACGAAUGUGAACAAUUUCCAGAAUAUAUAAGUCAAACUAUCACAGAUUGUACAGUCUACACCCAACAAAAUCAGUCUUCUCAACUACUUCCUGGUUACAGUCAUAAGGAUUAUUUACCAUUGUGUAGUUUGUCAAUGUUGCAUAAACCUAGUUUUUAUGAGAAUCCUGAUUGUUACAGUAUAAAAAUGGAUAAUUCUCCUCUACUAGUACAGAAUACAAUAGAAAAUUUGAAUUUUUCUUUCAAUAACAGUAAACAUACUACUCAAAAUUGUACUAGUAGCAUGGGAGUACAUGAGAUAAAUAAUAUUGGUAGCAGCCAUGAUGGUUUCUUUGCAGUUAAUGCUAAUUCUGAUGAAGGUUUCACUGGCACACUUCUUUAUAAGGAAUUACAAUCGGGUGCAAAGGUACGUGAAAGGAGAAGAAUGUUCAGUAUAAAUUCAGCCUUUGAAGCACUACGAGCAUGUUUGCCAACAUUUCCAUAUGAAAAACGAAUAUCAAAGAUUGAUACACUACGACUUGCAAUCGCAUAUUUAGCUCUACUGAAAGAUUUACUAGCCAAUAUGGAUUUUAUUGCUAUAGACAGACCUAUGAAAAGAGGUCAAUUAGUAAUACAAUUCAUGAUUGAACGCUUAAAUUCCUCUAAAAGGGAUCAACUCACCUGGUAUACUAGUGGUAAGUGA